AUAAAAGACUGGUUCUUUUGGAGGUAUAGCCACUGCAAUCUAAAGUAUCAUCCAAGCUGGUCAAGAUGUUCAUCGAAACUUUUCUGUUGCUAUUGGCGCUCAAUUCCCUGUCCGCAGGACGAGUGAGCCAACCAGAAGGGCGCAUUAUCGGCGGAGAAACCAUUGAAAUCGAACAGACACCCUGGCAGGUGUCCUUGUUACUUAAAGGCGUCUUUCAGUGUGGGGGCUCCAUUUACAGCGCUGAUAUCAUCAUUAGUGCGGCCCAUUGCUUUUUUGAUGAGUUCGAAGGACGACAUAGUGACCAGGAAUUUCAAGUUCGAGCAGGAUCCGCCUUAAAAGACUCCAAUGGAAGUGUUGUCGACGUCUUCGCCGCAAAAACCCAUGAACAUUUUCGUUGGCCUUUCAACGACAUCGCCAUCGUGCGCUUAAGUAAGCCACUCGAGUUCACAAACAAAGUUAUGCCCAUUCCUUUGGCCACGACGAAUCCUUUUCCUGGAACGACUGCCUUCGUCUCUGGCUGGGGUUAUUUUCUUAACGCAAACGAUGUGUCGCUUUCUUAUCCUAAACAUCUUCAAGGAUUAACCCUUCAGAUUCAAUGGCUUGAAUCUUGUGGAUUAGUUCAUCCAUCGUUAAUAUGCGCAGGAGUUUUCGGAAGGUCGGCUUGUAAUGGAGACUCUGGAGGACCAUUAGUGGCUAACAAACAACUUGUGGGUGUUGUCACCGGGAGUUUACAGCCCAAUUGCACGUCUAGUUCAUUAUACAACAGUGUCCCAUAUUUCCGUGAUUGGAUAUUAACGACUAUUGCCUCAAUUUAGUAACAUGUUCGAGUAAUGUCAGCGAAACCAAAUAAAUAAAUAUCCGCAAUAGCAACUAAAAAUGUGUUCAAUAUU